CCUAGACAUUGACCUUCAAAGUUGCAAGAAGUCAAAUGUAUAAGCGAUUAUCGCUAGCGCAAGGUGAUCUUUUGGGUACUAGUAAUUCCACGAAUUAAUUGAGAUACGUUAAUUGCGGUGGACGAACAAAUGGCUCCGUGCUAUCCUAUCGGACUUGCCUGGCUACCAAUUUCGGUGUCGCUGUCCCUGUGCAUUACGCAACUCACUUGCUACUAUGUCUCUAAAUCAUCGGCUCACGUGGUCACUGCACUGCCAACAAUCAGCGCUACUGGAUCUUUUCCUCCGGAGAGCUGCAUAUUUUCUUUGGGGAUCACAUUGGCGGCAGCUUUUGCUGUCGCGUGUGUCUACAUAUGGCAUGUCUACGCGGACCAGUCAAUGGAAAGGAAAACAAGAGUAUUCAAAGCCUUAGUUGACAUUGGAACACUUACCGGAUUGCUCUCGUCUAUUGGAUUGUCGAUAACAGCUUGCUUUCAAGUUUCUAAUGUUCCCAUCGUGCAUUAUAUCGGUGCGGGCGUGGCAUUCGCGGGAGCAGUUGGGUAUAUGAUCGUUGUCAGCGUAAUUUCAAGCCUUUAUCUGGGGCAACCAGUGGUAAUUUGUGGCCUUCGUUGGUUGCUGGCUGUCUGUGGCUCCCUAGCUGCUUUAUCAUUUCUAAUUUGCAGAAUAAUCGGACGUGGCGAUGAAGUUGAUUGGAUCCCUGAUCCAUCACUGCUUGACUCUGAGACUACAGUAAACGUUGUGGUUUUUUACCUGUUACCUGCUUCUGAAUGGACCUUGGGUCUCACCAUCACUCUGUUCUUCCUUCUUUGGGUGCCGGAAUUUCUCCGAAUUGAUUUCCAGGCGCCAAUAAUAAGACCAUGGAAGUAUCUCGAUUCAAUGGAAAUUUCAAGAUCUACGGAAUUCGAAUGCCAAUGAACUGAACUCACUUACUACCGGCCCUUGUUUCUCACUUUCACUGACAUAUACUCAUAACCAAGCAAGCACUUUUGUGUUUGGAUUGAAAACAACGUUCCUAAUUGUUUCAUCCAUUCAGUUAUGCUUACGGAAACCAGCUGAUUUCAGAUGGUGACGACGUCUGUUGGACAUCUCAGAUGUUCAGAGUGGUCAUAUAACUUUUUGGUAGUCCGAUUUUUUCCCUGUUGAGUCUAAUGUCAAUUAUAUAUUUCGACCAGUCGGUGAGGCGGAUACAACUAAACAAAGGAAAAAUUAUUCAGUGUUCCCUUUUUUAUUCGUCAAAAAUAUUUCUAAAAACACUUCUGAGCACUUUCUCUUAUAAAUGCGUGUAGUUAUUAGAUCUUUAUCCUUGUGACAUGUAAGUAUAGUGAACGUGCAACAGUUUCUUC